GUCAGUCGGUGCAUGUGCAUUCCACCCCAUCCACACGCGCACGCAAUACACAAGUCACUCACUCUAUGCCCCUUCCUCCUGCUCUUCCUCAGCCACCGUCUCGUCCGCCUGGCCCUCCUCUCCCACACCAUCACCUGCAUCCCCACCAGCACCACCGGCAGCUUCAUCAGUGUCCACCACAUCCGCAACAUCCGCUGGCUGCUCUUCAUGUUCAUCGACAGCAGGUGCGGGGGCUUCACCCUCGCCCUCGUCUGGUCGUGGGCUGCCGAGUGUGGGGGUGGCCUCGGGGCGGGCGGGGGCCGACGCGGGGGCCGUGAUGACCAAGCUUCCGCCCUCGACCGACAGCCGGUCGGCCAGCUGCCCGUAGCCGCCAUUGACCUGACAGACAAGGAGACACGAGAGAGAGGCCGCUGUGUGUUGUGUGAGGGUUUUUGUUGGCUUGUUUGUUACUUCCAGGAGCUGUUUGUGCUGGGUUUCAUCGAUCUGCAGCUCCAGCGUCUCCUGCGUGUCGCCGUUGUAGGCUGUCACGUGCAGCCCCGGACCGUCAGUCGACAUCUCUGCCCACACACCACACAGACCAGAGACACACGACACAAAAGUCCUGUCUGUCUCUACUCUUGUUCUCCCUGACCCACCCACCGAUAAGCCAGUAGUCCUUGCCGAUCUUGCGCCCCUCCUUGAGUACGAACUUCUGGCUCUUGGUCCCCCUCCCAUCGCCCCCAGUAGACUUGGAUCGGUACGAGAAGAGAUCCUCAGGCCGCGUCACAGAUGAUGCGUGGCCUGAGGUGGCGGGGCGGGGCCGCCGUCCACUCUCCUUUGAUGCCGCUGAUCGGGGCGGCUUCUUGGAGGCCCUUUCCUCCUCGGUGCGGGCCGUCCUCCUUCUGCACGCAACAAGCGAUGAACAAAAAAGGCACACAGAGAGAGGGGGAAAGAAUGCACACAAAGAGGGAUGGACGCAUGAGAAGGAGAGCACAGGGAAGGAUAGGAUAAGCGGUAGAUACAUGAGGCAUUCUCUGUUUGCUGAUCCCUCCUUGACCCUCCCUGACCCGUCGGUGGUUGCCCGAGGGCUCCUGUCUCCCCGCCUCGAGCAAGUCGACUCGCGGUAGGUCGACAGGUUGAAGUCAUCCGGCCUUUCAAAGGCAUGCAGCACGUCGGGGUUCUCGCACGCAUUCUUGUAGUAGGCCAGUGAGUUCUUUGCGUGGACGUCCCACUCGAUGGCCGAGAUGACCGGCUGGCACUCCUGGAUGCGCCGGAGGAUCUGGAGGUUCUCCUGCGUGAUGCGCUGAGCCUGCUGCUUCCUGUAGGUACGGUGCAGAGACGACAGGCCCGUGAAGGGGCGUAGGCGGCUGUAGGUUGGGCGCUUCAUGAUGUCAUACAUCCGACGAAGCAGAAUCCUGACAGACAGACAAGGGAGACAACGAACGGCCCAGACACAAAGUUGCAUCCAUCGAUGACAUCAGAGAGAGAUGAGGGUUCAAGCUUGGCCGACCUGUUUUGCCUGUCGAUUUCGACGUAUCGUUCCUCGAGUGCCGCCUCCUUCUUUGCGUUCCACUGCAUGUGCGGCUUGCCGAAUGUCUUGGGAACUGCAUUGUCGAUGCUGGGCUUGACGGUGGCCUUGUUCCUCUCAUGGAUGCGCUGCCGGUGCUCCUCCCACUUCUUGUGACACACCUUGCUGCCCACUGGGAUGGCGCGAUACAUCCUCCCUCCCUCCCUCACGUAGAUGGCUGGCCGACGAGACAACGAAACGGAUCUCGAGCCAAUGCAGCUCAGCCGGCUCCAGAAAGUGCUUCUCUCGCAGUCUUGUAGUGCCGUCAGCAGCCGUGGUCAC